AUGAACACAGCUACAGAAACCGUUCAAUUAACCAAAUUUACCCAAGUACUCUGCUCUAGUGGUUCCCUUGGUAUCAGAAUUAGAAAGAGAAAUGAUAAAGAAAUUACCAACUAUAUUUCAGAAAUCGAUUUAAAACAUUUUAAAAAGAAAUUCCUCAAUUCUUAA